AAAAAAUACACAACGUUACGCAAAUUAAAGACGUGUCCGCGCAAAUUUAACAAGAGCAGCAUCCGCGAUCGUUUUCGUAGUGAAUUCGCGAGUUCUAUUACGUGUGCAAGUGAUGACUGUGAAAGUGGUGACAAAUGUGAAGCAUGUGUUCUUAUCAAGAAAUCUGGCAAAAUACCAGCGAAAUCCUCUUCUAUACUCAACAUACAGAGGAAUUUUCGAUUUCACACCAAUAUCGAAAACGCGACGAGAAUUCGCUCAGAAAAAGCUAGUCGGUUAUUCAAUGCAACAGCUGUACUCUGUAGUCGCUGACGUUGAUAAGUAUAACACAUUCGUGCCAUUCUGUAAAAAAUCUUACGUGUACGAUCGCAAACCGGGUUCCUUAAAAGCGGAUCUUAUCAUUGGUUUUCCGCCAUUAAAUGAAAGCUACACUUCUAAUGUCACACUAAUUUCACCAACACUAGUCAAAGCAGAAUGCUUCGAUGGGCGGCUUUUCAACUACCUGUUGACGGCGUGGCAGUUUGGUCCGGGGUUAAAGGAUAUCUCACAAUCUUGUGUGAUUGAUUUUAUGGUUUCUUUCGAAUUCAAAUCCCUCCUCCAUUCGCAGCUUUCCAAUCUGUUUUUCGAUCAGAUCGUAAAACAGAUGGAGUACGCCUUUAUACAAGAAGCAGAGCACCGCUUCGGGCCUCCAGCUAUUAAAAGUCAUGUGUUAGUAUCAAACAAAUCCUGACCAAAACUCCGCAAGGAUGAUCCAAACCCUAACCCUAUCGAAAAAGAACGGAAGACCUAGCAAAUUCUCGAUAUUAUAGAAGAUGUAUACCAAAUUCUCUAAAGAAAGUUGUUUUCCACAUUAAGACUCGUGUAACGAUUAGCUAGAACAAUUAUCAGAAAAUCCAUCCAUCCUAAAUCCUUCGACAAAGCAUUUUCUUUUAUCCAUCCUUUCUAUCGGUAAUAGAUCAAUAGGAAAAAGUGAUUCAAAUUAUUCAUACCAUGUGCAGAUAACUAUUUAUUUUCGAGCUUAUGAUAAACCAGAAGAGAGAGA